AAACGGAACACUUGUGUAUAAAUACGUUGAAAAACGUACUUUUCAUAAUAGUUCACUUUAAAAAAUCACAUAAGUAACAACUCUAUUUUUCAGUAGUUACGUUAUACAUCAGGAACCAAUUAUUUUGUUGUAAAAUGUCUCUGGUGCCAUUGUUUUUCCGAGACUGGUGGGAAGAUUUCGAACGCGAGCGAUUACCAAGACGAUUAUUGGACCAACACUUUGGUCUGGGGUUGCAUAGAGAUGAUCUGUCCAAUUUGACGUCUACUCUCGCUUCGCCUUCUCUGAGAUCGGCCACAUACUACAGACCAUGGCAAGGUGUACUUAACAGGCAAAAUAGUGGUACAUCCAAUCUUAAGUUUGAUGAAAAACAAGUGCAAGUCAUAUUGGACGUCCAACAAUUUGGACCCGGCGAGAUUACAGUUAAAACGUCAGAAGGAGCAAUAAUUGUAGAAGGAAAACAUGAAGAGAAACAAGACGAGCAUGGUUUUAUAUCUAGACAAUUUAAAAGAAGAUAUUUAUUACCUAAAGAUGUGGAUAUCGAAAAAGUUGUUUCAAGCUUGUCUUCGGAUGGAAUACUAACAGUCAGCGUCCCUAAAAAGGAAACCCAAGUAACAGGUGAACGCAGUGUACCAAUUAUUCAAACAGGAAUACCAGCAGCAAAAGCAGUUGAAGCUGUGAAAAAUGAGGAAACUCCCAUAGUUACUGAAAUUAAAGUUGAACAUCAAUAACUUUGUUCAUUUAUAUUUUAAUUAUAAAUUAUGCUAUUAAUACAUUUUGAAUAAUAUUUUAUUUAUAAAAAAUUCUUUGAUAAGUUUAGUAAAUGUGAUUAUUUAUUUUUUUAUGUGCCAAAUUAAUAACAAUAUUUGUUCAAUGACUAAGCCGCUAAGCCUCUACAAGUCACAACUCAAAUCAGGGGUCAAUGAUACAUUCAAUAUUUUGGACAAGGUAGCUUUUGAAUAUAUUAGAUUACAAAACUAAUUUUGCUCUAUUUACUCUUAUUAAGUAUAUACUAUGUCAACUCAUAGUAAAAAAGAUCUAUCAAUAAUAUUAGAUUAUAAAAUCGUUUUGUUAAAACCAAUUACUUUAUUGGUAUAUCAUUACUUAACAUUAAAUACAUAUUUUUAAAUUGUAACUUAUGAUAAAUACAAUUUGUUUUAUUUUU